CCUGAUCACCCACCAUGGCGCAUCAGGCGGACGCAAAACGUGCGUUGGAUGAGCGCGGAUACUCCGGUACACUCAUCCGCGGCGACAAUCCGCUCAAGCUCUUCGAGAAGCCAGUCCGCGACCGCAUCGUCGACUCCUACUAUUGGAAAGAGCAAUGUUUCGGACUGAAUGCUGCCACUGUGCUUGAUCGCGCAGUCGAGCUCACAUUCCUUGGUGGAACAUACGGUGUCGCGCAGAAACCCACGCCUUUCCUUUGCCUGGCCUUCAAGCUACUCCAGCUCACACCGGAGAAGGAGAUCAUUAUGUACUACCUUGAGCAGGCUGGAGAGGAGUUCAAGUACUUGCGAGCAUUGGCAGCAUUCUACGUUCGCAUGGCAUGGGAGAAAGAUGAGGAUGUCUACACGACGCUCGAACCGUAUCUGGCGGACUUCAGGAAGCUGAAGCGAAGGACGCGAGAGGGCUGGGCCCUGACACAUGUGGAUCAGUUCAUUGACGAUCUGCUCGUGAAGAGUCGGGUGUGCGCGACGACACUGCCUAAGAUCAACCCGAGGACUUUUCUGGAAGAUGAGGAUAGGCUGGAGCCGAGGGAGAGUGCGCUGGGAGAGGAAUUGGAAGAGCUGGAUCGAACCGAUGAUGAAGACGAUGGCAGCGGGAGCGAUGGAGAGGUCGAGGAGAUCUCCCAGAAUGGACAUACGAAUGGCCAUAGUCGGAGGUCAUCGAAUAGAUCUCGACCGAGGAGUGAGGGUGAGAUGAGCGACGCAGACUGA